AUGCCCGCGGCGGUGGAACACGAUGGGAACGGAAGCACCCCCGGCUUCAAGCGAGCCUCGGCCGCCUACUCCUACGCCCAGCGCUCGUUGGACCGGGCCAUUCCCCCAUCGUCUCGCCAAAACGCCUACGACCACAUCUCGGCUUUUGCUGCAGCACGACCCGUGCUCUUUUCCUUGCUCGUCGCCCAAGCCCUGCUGUCUGGGUUCCCUGUCCUUCUAUUCGCGAGCUUCUCCGUCAGCUGCCUGGUUUUCGCCCUCGGCGCCGCCAUUCUAUUUGCCCUGUUCUGGACGGGCGUCGCGCUUCUUGUCCUGGUCCCCACGCUGUUGGUAACUGCGUCAAUUGGUGUUCUCGUGUGGGCUUGGUGUGUUGGUGGCUUCGUUGUGGCAAGGUGGCUGUAUCACCAUGCCCCGUUUGGUGCCGACGCGGAUGUGCAGGUCAAGGCUGGCGGGAAGCAAGUCAACUUUGUCAAGGACGAGAACGGCUUGGAUGGAAGCGUAGUUGACAAACAAACUGCCGAGUAG